CAACUCACUGAUACAUCCUUUUCAUUUUACCAUUCCGUACCCUACUUUGUGCUCACAUCUCCGUUCCGCCACCGCCUAUGUUCAUGAUGCAAUUACCACAGUACAUACAUGACCAUGCUCAAACUUGUCAAGGAUUCUGUUCCUUCCAUUGAACAGUCCAUGACACGGUAUCGGAUGGAUAACCCUGCGGCGUUACAUCGCAUACGAGUUGGCGUACCUGCGACUGUUGAACAGAGAACGACAUGGAGAUCUACCUUGAUAUUCAGGGACCAGGGUGGUCAGCAUCAGGUUCUUACUAUAGGAAGACCGCAAUACGUGAUUCGCACAGGUCUGAUUUAUCCAUGCAGGCGUUCAAUCACUGUUUGUAUAAGUAUAGGUGAGCGUAAUCAUGCACACUAACCUCACCGUACCCGUCGCUCAUCACAUAGCGGGGUGUCUGAAU